AUGCACCGAGCGAGACUUAAGUCUUUCUCUUCGUUAAAAAGAAAGAAAAAAAAAACAAUUGUUACGUACACGUCUGAUGGUAAUGAUGGUUGGCUCCUUGACAACAUUCCACUGCCUGAUGGGGCCCAACCGGCAAGGCUAAGAGAGAGAAAAAAGCCCACGGUUUAUCCACCAGCAGUGUCUCCUGGGACCAGCAACACUAACAUCUCAACAGAUGGCCAGCUCACCACCUUCAACAUGGCUGAUGUGCCUUUGCCAAGCACCAAGUACAACACUGAUACUCAAACUUUAUCGAUUCCUUUACCCGAAGGCAACAAUUCCUCCACCACCACUUCCUCCUCCUCCUCCUCCUCCUCUAAAACUCUUGUUGACAAACUUUUUGAGGACUUUCUCUCUCAGAAGAUCAAGCAACCCGAACGAUCUACGAAGGCACAGAGCUCCUCAAAACCAGCUUUUACAAAUUCGGUGGAAGAAAUAAAACGCUUUUUGGACAAGGAGAUUAACCAGCUGUCCUCUAAGGCAGGUUUUGCUGAAUCACCUGCCAUUGGAGCGGACACUCCAGAUGUAAAGAAUCAGAUUGCUGCUGAAAGGGAAGCUGUCCAUGAGGAAAGCACAAGUGCAGAAAAUGCUUCAACUGUUGUCAAUCAACGGACUACUAUGACUUUACCAUUAAAAAUCAAAAUAUCUGAUUCCAGUGUUGCUCGGAUUUCUUCUGCACAGUUACGCCCACCCAGCUGCAACCUGCCACAGUCUGAUGAAUUGGUUGAUAAAGUUCCAGUUGAUGAAGAGGAAUGUCAACCCACUGCCAAAACUGUUUGCUCUGUGAGUCUUCCUGAAAAUAAGACAACAGAAGUAAAAAUUGACCCCAUUACUCCUGAGGCAGACCCCGAGUCAAAUGGGGCAAUCGCUGAUGUUGAAGCCAAACCUUCCAAGUCAAGCAAAAAACAUAAACAUAAAAAGAAAAAGUCACAUAAACAUUCAAAAGACAAAAACAAGUCAAAUACAAAAUUACGGCUACACACUAACCUGACCUCCCACAUACCUGUUACAACAUCCGUGGCACUUGUUACUCCAGUGACAACUUCAUCUACGUUGCAAGUAGCUACUGUGUCAUCAGUGUCAAACAUGGCACCACCUCUUCUGUCACAAUCACAUUCUACAUCCUCUUCAGAGCUACCAGCUGUAUCACACUGUCUUGAAUCGGUGACACCUUCAUCUUCUGUGCCAUUGUCUAAUGUGACAACAGCCAAUUGCUCUCAGUCAGAUCUGUUAUUGCAGACCUCAUCACCAGUUGUGUCUGAGGCACUUUUAUUCCCUGCCCUAGUUUCCACACAAUCCCCUCCUUUGUCGCUCUCAUCUCAACUGAAUCAGUUGCCUGUUUUGUCAUCAACCAAGAUCUUACAGCCGGUACAUGAGCUGGGUGGCACCGUUUCUCAUGUUGCAGCCUCAUUGGAGACCCUACCUUCCUUAGAUAUAUUUAACAAGUCUCAAGAAAAAGGCACCGUUCCAAAUUGCUCACAGACAUCCUUGCAGAUGGGGCUUCUUGAACCAAGCACCAGUAUGUCUUCAGAUCUGGCCCCAAAUUCCUGUAUGUCUAGCCCCACUGACUUGAAUGAACAGGCCAAUAAGGUUGAUUCUUUGAAGCCCUUAACUAAAAACCCCACUGCCAAACAAAGUGGUUUACUUGGACUAGCAGCUUACUUCAAGUCAAAAGCCAAAUCACCCUCUCCAGAAUCAACAAAAGAUAUUAAGCCGGCAAAAAGUUCCAGCAAAAAGACAAAAUGCUUUUCUGAUUCUAGUGAUGAAUCAUUAACUCAGAAGCGAUCUCGUUCCACAUCUCGAAAGUCAUCACACUCACGCUCCUUGUCCCGUUCUGGCAUUGGAAAGCAUUCAUCAUCCGAUAAACGCAAGAAAACUCGUCCUCGCUCAAGGAGGUCACGAUCGUGGUCCCGAUCACGAUCACAUUCACGUUCCUGGUCAAAAUCAAGGCGGCGAUCUUCAUUGAAAUCAACUAAAAAGCGAUCGCGCUCAAGGUCUCGAUCACGCUCUGAUGAGAGGGGCAGACAGUCUUCAUUUCGCUCGAGUAAGCGCUGUUUUAGUCGCUCACCCUCCCGGUCACGUAACAAAACGUAUGGAAGGUCGAGAUCUCGUUCCAGGUCUCAUGGCAGGAAUUGGGUAACUGGCCGUGGUGCCUCCAAGUCUCGAUCUCCGUCCAAGAGGGCAUCUUAUCGGCGGACACGUUCUCGGAGCAGGUCAUAUUCAAGGGGGAGAUAUCGACAUCGCGUUUCGUCGCGUUCAAAUAAAUCCAAAUCCAGGUCCAGAUCCCGAUCAAGGUCAAAUAUCAGGUCACGUGAUAAAAGGUCAAGGUCACGAAGCAGUGGUCACCAUAGAGAUUAUCGUCAAAGCAAUAACAAGUUUCGAAGGUUUUCCAGAAGACGUUCCAGUCCAAGAAGCAGAUCAUCAUCAGCAUCAAGUUCACAUUCAAGAAGACGAAGGAGUCGGUCAAAAUCAGCAAAUUCCUUAGGAAUUGACAAAGUCAAGCUUCAUGACAUUGCCGUAAAGAAACUGCUUGAAUCUGGUCAGGCUCCCAAAGAGGAAGUUGCUUCAUUACGAGCAGGGGGCAAAACUGUCCAAGGAUUAAUUGAUUAUUGUAAAAGGAUCUCUCAGAAGGAAUUGGAAUCGGACUCUGGUGAUUCCACACAAGCAGCGUUGAAAUCUGAUGAUGAUGAUGAUGAGGAAAGUCCUUUUAUCCAUCAUCCAUUCAGAUUAAGAGAAACCCAGCCAAACAUUGUUCUCAACAUUAAAAAUGCCAAACCAUUGCCAGUGUUAACCCCUCAAGAAAAACUGAUCCAAUCAUCCACCCUCCGGCUGCAAUUCCCAGUGUCCAGUGGCAGCCAACAUCGUGCCAAGGAAUCACAGUGGGUUCCUGUACAGAAAAACUCUGCUUCAACCACAUUGUUUGCUGCAGAAGAAUCUGUUUCCUCCUCCACUGGUUCCAGCAUUCAAAGUACGGCUGCUGCAGCUGCUGCUUUCACAUCUGAUGGUGGCCUACCUUCAGAGGCAUCUGGCCCAGUCUCAAAGACAAUAACAGCAGGAACAAACCUUGCAGCACCUGUUCUUAAUUCCCAGACUAUUGAAAACAAAUCCAAUGGUGACAAUGUAUUUCCUGAUACGCUCCAACAGACUGUGGAUAUUAGUCAAGUGAUGACUGAACGAAUGCUUGCUGUCCAAAAACUGCAGGAAAAUCCCAAUGAUGUUCAAGCACUGAACGUUAUGUACAAAGCACAACAAGAAGUUAACCGAUGGGCUCAGUCAAAACAGCUCCCAGGUCAGUUCACUGGAAGCACAGGGGCUAAAGUCAUGACACAGGAAGAACUCAAUGGACCUGACAAAAGAUUCCAGGCCUGGGCCAAAAAGGUUUUCUCUGUUGGUGUUUAUCAUCAAUUUGGAUUCAAGGAACAAUUGCAGAAUGCUGCCCCAGUGCGAGGAGGAAUUGGGAUGCAUCUUCUGCAGAAAAUGGGUUGGCGCCAAGGGGAAGGUCUUGGCAAGCAUAAUGAGGGACCCACAGAACCAAUUUUGGUUAAUGUCAAAGUUGACAGAAAAGGUCUGACAUCACAUGGUGAAGAUCCAAAGAAAUCAUUAGCUGUUGAAGUAGCAGGGAAACACCCUGUGUCUGCUUUGGUGGAGCUGUGCAGCAAAUGUAAAUGGGGGACACCUUUGUUCCAACAAGUAGAGGAAAAAGGACCAGAUCAUAAGAAAAGUUUCAUGUUCAAGGUAACUGUCAACAACAUCACCUACCAGCCAACGAUGCCCAGUAACAGCAAGAAGAAUGGUCGAGCACGUGCUGCCAUCCUUUGCCUCCAAGACCUUGGCCAAAUGUGCAACCAUUUAUCUGCUCUAUUUUUUCUCCCUCCCACAUUCCCUCCUGCUUUCAUUCAAUCUUUAUUUUUCUUUCCUCCAGCCAACUCUCUCUCUAUUAUUCUCCUCUCUGUCUUUCUUCCUCUCUUUUGGCUGUGA